AGAAUUACAAAUUUCAUCCUCCCUCUCCAAUCCAUCACACACGCACAGCCAUGUCCUCAGCAGCACCUUGGACAUCAACUAUUCCGCAAAAACCCCAAACCCCUGGCCCUUCACUAUUCUCUCAUCUCCCCCUUCCUCACUCUCGCACCAUCCAAUUUCAUAGACUCAACCACAAUCUCACCCUCAAGCCCCUCAACUCCUCUUCCCAACCUCUGUAUGGCUCUGUUUCACCAGCUCCACCACAAGACGAGGACGACGACGAAGAGCCCGCUAUCGGUGACUGCCUCGUCUACGAAGAGGGCAUCUUCAACGACCCAUUUAUUGAGAACACCAGAAAUUCCAGGCGUUCCGGCGCUCACAUCACUAAAUCGGCUACCAAUAAAGACGCCGAUGUCUCGCCGGAAAACCUAAUUCCGGAUGAGUGGCAGGAUGUCCAGAAGGAAUUGAACAUCACGAAGAAGGAGCGGCGGAAGAUGGCGCAGGAAUUGGAGUACGGCACGCGGGUGGCGAAGCGGAGGCAGGCUCUGAUGCCUCUGAAUUCGGAGGGAUUUGAAAAAACGAGGCAGGAUAAAAUUGAGCAAAUGAGGCUGGAGAAAUUUGAGAAAAUUAAGCAGGAAAAGAUAAAGCAGCUGAGCCCGGUGGUGCUUGAUAAUCCGAAGAAGGCGUAUUUUAGGGAGAUAAAGCCUGAGAAGGAGACAAAUGGAGAGGUUAGUGGAGGUAGAGUGGCGCCAAGGAAUCCGAGGCUGGCAGUGUAUGGAGUAGGUUUGGAGGAUGUUUCUGCGUUUUUUAGCAGUGGGAAGUAUGAGAGCGCUGCUGCUGAUAAAUCUCAAGGCACUGGUAAAUUAUUCUCACAAGAAGAGAAGGCAAUGAUGAAUAGGCGGGUUCCUGAUGUAGCAGUUGCUACCUCGGGGAAAUGGCAUCCUCUGCAUACUCUUGUUGCUACCGGAGAAUUUUACCUUGUUGAUUCUCUGUUAAAGCACAACCUUGAUAUUAAUACCCCAGACAAGAAUGGACUGACUGCAAUUCACAAAGCAAUACUUGCCAAAAAGCAGGCUAUUUUUAACUUUCUUUUGAGGGAAUCAGCAAAUCCAUUUGUUCGUGACAAUGAGGGAGCUACCUUAUUGCACUAUGCUGUCUUUGCAGCUUCUAGUCAGAUGAUAAAGAUCUUGUUAUUAUACAAUGUUGAUAUAAAUCUUCAAGAUAAUGAUGGAUGGACACCAUUACAUUUAGCAGUGCAAUCCCGAAGGACAGAUAUACUGAGGCUUUUACUGAUCAAGGGAGCUGAUAAAUCUCUAAAGAACAAGGAUGGAUUUACUGCUCUAGAUCUUUGCCUCUACUCUGGCAGAGAUACAAGAACUUACGAACUCAUCAAGCUCCUCAAACGCAUUUACUAGUCUUCAACUAUUCAACAAUUCAUCCAUCCUGACUGCUUUUGCUGCAAUCAAGGCUCGGAUGGUUGGUUGUAUCAUCUCAUCAUAACCGUUCUCAGAACUAUCCAGCCUAUAGUAUAGCUGCUUAUAGUUGGAGCAAGGGCUGCACAGAACGCCUUCCUCGCCUGCUUUGAUGCAGCCAGCACACAGCUCAUGAAGGAAAAUGCUGUAUUCUGUAGCAUUUGAGAAUGCUAUGGCUGGAAUGUAUAGUAUAGCUCUGUAGCAUCAUUCAUUGAGUUCAACUAUUUGACUCAUGGCAGUAUAGGAUUGUAAUACAGAAACAAUGAGGUUUUAAUAUAAUGGUAAGUAAGUCGGCUCCACGAGCAUUGUAGCU